AUUUUUUUCAGUUCAUCGUGAGAUGUCAAAGCGAUCACAACGUCUCCUGCCGCGGCACUGAAAGGACGUAACCAUUAAAAACGUUGAUCAUUUUUAUGUGUGUUAAAAAAAAUAAGUGAAAGGAUAGAAGUGUAUAGAAACUAUUCAUGAAAAGUAUCUUGUGCUGUGUGUAAUUUUAUUAGUGUGACAACAAAAGGGGAAGGAAUGCUAAGCUGCGCCUCCCCCGCUGGCAUGACGCCCGCACCCCACUCCUCCCACCCCCAAGCGUGGGGUCCGCUCCUACAACCACCGACAGUCAAAACUGAACCGAUGGAAGAUGGAAGCUUUUCGAAAGAACAAACCAGUGGCUUUUAUUCAGAGGGAUUUCACAGCGCGUCACCCUCUUCUUCAAGUAAAGACUCGAACGGACAUUCUCCACGCAGCGUCGGCAGUACCAGAGAACCUUCACCGUUUUACGACGCAAUGCCUUUAAAAGCUAAAGCCAAUCUGGGAAUGCACUUGGAUUCGUUCCGCAACAGUCUACCAUACAGCUUGUUAACGCCUCCGGGCUUCGAAUCUCGGGCUAGCGACGCGCGCGAUCACUCACCUAGCUACGAGUCUUACUCGCCCAGAACAUUAGCGCCACCCGCCCACGUGUCAACGCCCUUAGGGCGCUCCGACGCCACUCCACCGAAGUCGCCACCCAGGACACCGUCGUCACCGGAGCGACGUUCGUUCGAUAGGUUCCACGAUUCUGGCUUCGAUGGUGUGGACCACAACAAACAUGACGGCGACGACGGCCGCGAGGGCUCCGGUCUUGAGGACGACUUCGACGAGGAGCCCGGCCUCCGGGUGCCCGCAGUCAACUCGCACGGAAAAGUUAAAACAUUCAAAUGCAAACAAUGCGAAUUUGUAGCGGUCACGAAACUAAGCUUCUGGGAGCACAGCAAAGAGCACAUUAAGCCCGAAAAGAUGCUGUGCUGCCGGAAAUGUCCCUUCGUCACGGAAUAUAAGCACCAUCUAGAGUACCACAUGCGGAACCACAUGGGCUCGAAGCCGUUCCAGUGCAGUCAGUGCUCGUAUUCAUGCGUGAACAAAUCGAUGCUGAAUUCCCACCUGAAAUCCCAUUCGAACGUUUACCAAUACAGAUGUGCGGACUGCAAUUACGCAACCAAAUACUGUCACUCGCUUAAGCUCCACUUGCGCAAGUACCAGCACAAUCCGGCGAUGGUUCUAAAUUUAGACGGAACUCCGAAUCCGCUGCCGAUUAUUGACGUGUACGGAACACGAAGGGGGCCCAAACAGAAACCGUUGUCGAAAAUUUUCGAACAGCAAACCGGCACGAACAACCACAGCCCUCAUCCACAGCCGCCGCCACCAACGCAUCCGCUUUUCGGAAAUCACUUCCCAGUAAACCUGCCGUAUCUACCACCGCUCUUGCCACACUCCUUCCUGUUUCCCCCUAACAACAACUACGAACAAAAGAUGUCACCGAGGAGCCACGAAACGCCAACCGAGAAACCCCAAAGUGCCUCACCACAACCAUCACUGCUCCACCAGCGCUUAGCGUUCAACGAAGCGCAGUCGGAAUUCAACCCGCUGUCCCCGGCGGCUAAGCCAACACCCACACCACCACACACCCCGACGCUCGCACGAGAAGAGUCUCCGGUCCAGAGCAACGACGACGCUCUCGACCUGACCAACACGAAGAACAGCGAAGCGGGCACGCCGCCGCCGAGCACAGAGAAACCGACGCCCGUGACGCCGACAACCGCUCUGAAGAACAGACGGAAAGGACGCGCGUUUAAGUUACAACCGGCCGCGUUGAGACUACAGCACGAAGACGAGAAAAUGAGAGACGCGGAAGUAUCGGACAGUGAAUCGGAAGCUUCGGCGGACGCGGCCCUCGCUACGUCCACAAACAGCUACGCGUGCCAAUACUGCGACAUCACCUUUGGAGACCUCACCAUGCACACGAUCCACAUGGGUUUCCACGGAUACAAUGACCCCUUUAUGUGUAACAAGUGUGGCGAGAGGAGCGCCGACCGAGUGGCUUUCUUCAUCCACUUGGGUAGGGCGCAACACGCCUAACUCAUCCGCGCCUACCGCCCCUAGUCAAAGCUUUGUCGCUUACACGCGGCACAUUCAAAGCUCAAUGUUGAAAAGUAGAUUAUCGUAGUCUCGUACGUAUUGUUAAGCCAAAGAAUUGCUCGAUAAAAUAGUUUUGUAGCUCGGUUACGUGUACUGAACAUAAUUUUAUGAAUCUUUGUAGCGUCCUUUGAUGUAGUUUGAUUGAAAGUGUAUAGUGAUAAUGAUCGUAAUAUCUUUAACUUUUUUCGAACGGAAUUUCGGUGAAACAAAAAUCGGUGUAUAUUGGAUUGGUUUCUGUCAAAUUAAAUAUGAUUUAGUAAAAAAUACAAUUGAAACUAUAUUUGAUAGUUAAAAUGAGGAAGAACAAUUGACAUGAUUAUUUUCGUAACAAAAACAGGAUAUUUUUAAUUUAUUAUUAUUUCGCGGAAAAACAUUUGUUUUUAUGUAAUAAUAUUUUUUUUUUAAUUUAGGAAUGUAAUAUGAUAAACAUUUUACUGAGGUGCCAUUAUUAGCAGAGAUCAAUUUCGAAAAUUGGUGGAAUGUUAGAGUAGGUAGGUAUAUUCCGAACGCCCUGGCUUAAAACAACAAAAAACUAUUGAUAUUUUAAAAGUUACAUUAGUUUUCUUAUUGUACAAAACACGUAUUAUUCAUAUUUAAUAAUAUCGUGUGUAGUAGCAUGUAUAUGUAGCAUUUAGGAAAGUGUGACCAAUGCGCAAACAAGACUGUAUCUUUUGUAAGUACAAAGACAAUUCCGUUUUUUUUUCUAUUCUAUUCUGUUAGGGCACGUUUCCUCUAUCCGCAAAAUUUUACCUCUACUAAAUAUAACUUCAUUUGAAGGUGUAUUUUAUUUGGAUCUGGUGAAACGGGCCCUAAUACUUUAUUAAUACGAAUACUUUGCUUCGCUUUGUCGGCGAUGGCAUAUUUUGACAGAAUUGACAUUUGUCAAAAUGGGUUUCUAAAAUGCGCAAGCGUUCCUUUGUGUUUCCAUAGUUUCGAUUCUGAGUAUUAUUGCAUUGAUUGUAACCUAAAAUUGUAUUAACUUAUCAAUAAGGUUGCUAUCUUGCAGAAACUCACGUAUAAUAAAAAGAGCUAACUCGAAUGGUCUAAAAACACAAAACUAGUCUUGACACUAAAACUGACCUUCUCGCCUCCAGAUUAUUAAAUCCAAAAUGACGUCAACACUCCGAGAUCUUCUUUUGUUUCUUUUACCAGUUUACCAACAGCAAAUCAGACCAAUUCAAAAUUUAAGACGGCUUCUAAUUCCGUAGGAUCCGUCAGAAAUCGAUGACGUCACACCAAAUAAAACACCGUGGUAUGUUAUUUGACAUGUCUUUUGUCUAUACGUCAUUAUUCAUUAUCGUCAUCGCUGUCAUACUGACGUUUUGUGUGCCAAACGAAAUAUGUAUGUACUAAGUAUCAAAGCUCAGUUCUUCUUCGUCGCUUUCUUCAUUGCUGAAGGUCGUGUCCCUGAAACUUGACCGCUGCCUGUCUCGUGAGCUGUUUCCAUCUCGUCCGGUCCUCAGCUGCUCGAAUGGCGGUUGUGACUGGCAACCCAGUUAAAGCGGUUACUUGAUCACACCAACGGCUAGGUAAUCGGCCGCGGGGUCUCUUUCCUUCUACUUUGCCCGUCACAAUCACUUUGUCCAAGUUAUCUGACUGUCGGCGGGCAAAGCUCAAUAACGGGGCACUUAAGUUUAAUCAACUUCAUAAAGGAGGUAGUUCUCAGUUCGGAGCGCGUUUCACCCUCUAUAACUAAGAGAGCAAAACUGACACGAUAUACCAUCGCUGUGAAGAAAACGUUCUUUAAAUACUAACGGUUUAGUUACCUAUUAGCACUAAUCGUAAGAGAAUUUACAAAGAAUAAUGAUAGAAACAUUAAGUGAAAUUAUUUGUAUUAUACGCGUGUAAAUUUAGAAAAAACGAGUCAGAAUAUUUUAUUGAGAAAAAAAGAGUUUUUUUUUUAUUUUAUUUUUUUAUUAAUAUUAUAAUUAUUUAUUUAUCCUCCUCGUCUUAAGUUAAGCUGUGUUUUGUGUAGUUACGGAAUUUAUGAAAUUCUCAAGAUUUAAUUUAUAACGACAUGUAAUAAAUAAUAAAGCGUAAUAAGAUAAUAUUAUUGUAAUCGGUGGACCGGAUCGAAAUUAUCGAUUGAAGUAGGUAUUUGUUUGUGUGCUGAGUACGUAAUAAAGGAAAUUGUAAUUGAACAAA